AUGAUCACUUAUUUAACCAUUCUUGCUGGGAUUAUCACUUUUCUGUAGGCUGAAUGUACUCCAUCAAUAAUGAAUCUUCUGAACCUGGAUCAAAAUUAUUAACAAAUCUCGGAGGAAUUUGAUUUCAAUUAAGAAGUGUCAUUCUCUUUUUGGUUUAAGUAUGAACCCAAAACUAAAAUUUAAACCUAAUAUUUUUAUGGUAGCUCGACCGAAGGCGAAUAAGUUGCGUCAGGGUCAUUACUAUUUAGACUUUAUGAAGAAUAAGCAAAAUUGUUCCGAAUAUUUACAUAUUUAGAUACCAACAAUUAGAAUCUAUAAACAAUGAUAAUAAAUGCUGAUUAGAAUAUUUCCUCGACCGAAACUUUUAAUUUAAAUUUUUUAGAUGGAAUUUGGCAAUACAAAUUCUAUAAAAUAGUACCUGUUGAUCGGAAAAUAUAUCAUUUUAUCUAUAAUUAUAUGAUUUCGUCCUAUACUACGAGCCAGACUAAAUUUGACAUCGAAUAGACGAAGUUUCAAUUGAGCAUAGGAGGUUAAGGAUAUUUCUCAGAUUACUAUCAAAAUUUAUACUUCAAUGCCUUUCCUGGAUGGAUUUCAUCCAUAAAUGUAUUUCAAGGAUCCCUGGACAUCACUCCACCUUCAUUUAAAACUAAUCUGGACACAUGCAUUAAAAGUGUCCUAGUCUGUGAUCCGAAACAGCAAAAACUGAUUAGUGGCAUUUAGACAUCGUAAACUUAGAUUUUGAAGAGCAAUUUUAAAUUAGAGAAUACAUUUGAAUUUUAAGCUUGGUAUAAACUUUCAAUCAAUAAUGCAAAUAAAAUUUAUCACAUGGUAUAAAUUAGAGAUGAAAACAUAACAACAUUUAAUAUCAUUGAUUCAAGAAAUCUGCUCUUAGAUUUGAGGUGUGUUGUUCUUGAUGGAGGAGUCAAUGUUGAGAUACAGUUGACACUCCAAUCAUAUGAAUAACAACUCUAUUAUUCAAAAGAAGAAUAAGUAAAGGUGGACUCUACAGUAAUUCUUGUAUCUUAAUGGCAUUUCAUUACAAUAAUGUACGAUAGAGAACUAACCUAACAGACAGGAAUUGAUGUUUAUUUUCCUUCUACGUUAUCGAAACUUGAAAAAAGAUACUCAAACCUAAUAUUAUUUUUCACCGGAUCAGAUUUAUUCUUUUAUUUUGGAUCAAAUAAUAAAUUAUCUUAAUAUUUUUCAGGACAAAUCGGAGAAAUCAAAAUUAAUUCUUGUAUAAAAAAUAAGCCAUAUACUUUUGAAUUAUGUAACAUAUUUUGA